AUGGCGGAAUAUUUGGUGGUAGAGAAUCUGCUUAAACUGAGUCAGAUUGACCCAGAGCUCAACGAACUGCUGACCGCAAACCCUCUACCAAUUCUCGACUAUUCAACUCUCGAUGAUUUUGCCAAAGUGUAUGCGAAGAACAGCGAGCGCGCAAAAAGCAUCCUCGGACCGGCGCCUCCGGGUGUCAAAGUUACUGAGCUGCAAUAUGCUACCCGUGAUGGCUACAACAAUCGAGCAAAGCUGUUUCAGCCAGAAGACAUACCCGAGAAUGCCAGUCCCCUCAUUGUUAUGAUCCAUGGGGGAGGCUUCUGCUUCGGCUCACCGGAGGGAGAAGAGCAGACCUGUCGCAAUUUUGUGCUGGCGCUGGGCGUCACCUGCGUCGCCAUUGCAUAUCGCCUGGCGCCAGAGUACCCUUUUCCCUAUGCGCCCAACGACUGCUGGGAUGCUCUGAAAUGGUGUGCAGCGAAUGCGCAAUCCUGGAAUGCUGAUACCUCCGCCGGCUUCGUUGUUGGUGGAAGUAGUGCUGGAGCGAACAUAGCUGCCGUGCUUGCCCAUCGGGCGAGGGAUGAAGGAAUCUCAUCUCCAUUGACCGGACAAUACCUAGCUAUCCCAUUAUUAUGUCCCGAAGGCAAGAUGCCUGAAAAGCAUAGGCCACUCUGGCUGGCCCGCACACAAAAUCACAACGCACCAGUAAUUCCAAAAGCCGCUCUUGAUAUGUUCAUGGGCGCCUACCAGCCCAAUUUUGACGACACUGUCAACUUUGCAAUCUUCAACCAUCCACACGGCCACGGUAACCUUCCUCCAACAUUCUUCCAGGUUGAUGGAAUGGAUCCACUCCGGGACGAAGCCAUCAUCUACGAGCGCGUGUUGAGAGAAGAGUACGGUUUGAAGACGAAGAUGAACGUCUAUCCCGGCCUUCCUCAUGGACAUUGGAGCUUCUUCCCAACGUUGAAGGCGAGUGCGAAGGCACGGAUAGACCAACUGGAAGGCAUGAGCUGGCUUCUCGGGAGGACGCCAGAUUUCUCCAAAGUCGGCUUUGGCCCGGUAGCUGCGACCCUGUAA